CUUUCAUCAUCUCUAUAUAUACACACACACACACAAACCCAUUUGUCUCUUAUCUUCUUAAAAAAAAAAAAAAAACUCUCCAGUAGCUUUUUGAAAGCAUGACCUUUCUAAAAAUGAAAAGCCUUUCUUUCUUCUUCACCAUCCUCCUCCUCUCUCUCUCUCCUCUCUUCUCCGACGCACGGAAGUUUAAUGUCGGAGGCAGCGGCGCGUGGGUUCCAAACCCAUCUGAAAACUACCAAUCUUGGUCUGGACAAAACCGUUUCCUUGUUCACGACACACUCUAUUUUAGCUACGCUAAGGGAGCUGACUCGGUGCUAGAGGUGAACAAGGCUGAUUACGACGGAUGUAAUACAAAGAAUCCGAUAAAGAGAGCAGACGAUGGAGCUUCUGAGAUCUCGCUUGAUCGCUAUGGCCCCUUUUACUUCAUCAGUGGCAAUGAAGAUAACUGUAAGAAGGGACAAAAGCUUACUGUCGUUGUCAUCUCUCCUAGGACUCUAUCACCGGGAGGUUCUCCUCCGGGAUCUACUACUCCCCCUGGAGGAGCCCAUUCGCCUAAAUCUUCCUCCCCUGUUUCUCCGACGACUUCUCCUCCGGGAUCUACUACUCCCCCUGGAGGAGCCCAUUCGCCUAAAUCUUCCUCCCCUGUUUCUCCGACGACUUCUCCUCCUGGAUCAAUGGCGCCUAAAUCAGGUUCCCCUGUUUCUCCGACGACUUCACCACCCGGGUCAAUGGCACCUAAAUCCUCGACUUCUCCCCCAGCACCACCUAAAUCCUCUUCCCCUGUUUCCCCAUCCUCUGCUCCGAUGACUUCACCGCCAGCACCAAUGGCACCUAAAUCAUCUUCCACUGUUCCUCCGUCUUCUGCUCCGAUGACUUCACCUCCGGCACCAAUGGCACCUAAAUCUUCUUCCAUUGUUCCUCCGUCGUCUGCUCCGAUGACAUCACCUCCGGGGCCAAUGGCACCAGAGUCAUCAUCCCCCGCCGUGUCUCCAUCUAUGGCUCCGGGAGACUCUACUUCUCUUUCGCCGUCAGGUUCCCCGUCAGCAAACUCUCCGUCAGGUUCGGGGAUGGGUCCCUCGGGAGAUGGUCCCUCAGCCUCCAGUGAUAUCAGUACGCCGGCGGGAGCUCCAGGGCAGAAAAAAUCGUCGGCGAAUGGUAUGGCCGUUAUGUCGAUUACUACUACAGUUUUAAGUUUGGUUUUGACCAUCUUUAUGUGAGCUUGAGAACACACUUUGGAGACUUGUUUCAUGUCGGAUUCGAUUUGUUCUUGUGAAAUUUUAGUUUUUUCUACUUUGUUUUUGGUUCCCUGUGUACUUCCGUAUUAUUGAGUAUAGUCACAUUGUUGUUUAGUUAUAAAUAAUAGACACUGCGUUCUAAA